AUGUACUCCUCGUCGAAUAAUUUCCUCGGGGGUGGUGCCACUGGCCGUCCCGGCCAGGCACCAUUCAUGCAGCAGCAGCAACAACCCCCCUACUCGCAAUUCCCCCAAGGCCAGCAGCCAUCAAUCCAACAACCUCAGCCCACUGGAUUUGCUCCACAGCCGACUGGUCUUGUUCCGCAGGCGACUGGCUUUGCUGGUCAGCCCUCGCCGUUCAAUAACUCGCAGCUUCAGCCUCAAGCCACCGGAUUCCCCGCGGGACAACUCCAACAGCAAUAUACCGGAUUCCCCGGCGCCGCCCCCCAGCAGCCUCAACAACAACAAGCGCAGAGCUUCCAACCGCAAUAUACUGGAUACCCACCCCAGAACCAGGCGCAGCAGGCACCACCCGUGCCUCAGAUCCCAACCCGAUUCAAGACCUCCACCGAUAUCGCGAACUCCUUCCAAGAUGCUGGCUCUGGUGCGCCUCCCCAGGUGCCCCCGAAGACAGGAUCAAAGAUCCCAAGCAUUCGUCUUUCCUUUAUCACUGCGCAGGAUCAGGCGAGGUUCGAACAGCUCUUCAAGUCUGCUGUAGGCGACAGCAAAACAAUGGAUGGCGACAAAGCACGAGAUCUUCUCAUGCGCUCGAAGCUCGGGGGAGCUGACCUUUCCAAGAUCUGGGUGCUGAGUGAUUCAACCAAGUCCGGACAGCUGUUCUUCCCCGAAUUCGCAUUGGCGAUGUAUCUUUGCAACCUCCGGAUCACCGGCCGCGAGCUUCCGUCAUCUUUGCCCGAGACAAUCAAGAACGAGGUUUCCAGCAUGGUCGACAUUAUCUCCUUCGAUGUUCCCGACACACAGCCACAGGCGCCCCAACAGAGGACCAACGUACCCAACUUUGAUGCCCCUCUCAUGGAAAACAGCGCCACUCCUCCGGUUGUUCAGCAGCCUGUUCCCCAGCAACCUAAUAACGCACAGCUCCUGUCUCAGUUGACAGCACAGCCUACCGGAUUCUUCCCCCAGCAGACGGGCAUCCAGCCGCCCGCUAUCCAGCAACCCCAGGCGACAGGCUUCCCAGGACAGAACCAGUCCCAAUUCCUUCAGCCCCAACAGACAGGAUUCAUGAGCAACCCACAGGCAACUGGAUACACUGGUCCUCGGCCUCCAAUGCCGCCUAUGCCCACCGGGUUCGGCUCUAGCCUGAGCCCUGGCCACACUGGUGGAGUCCAGGGCUUGGGUGUGCAGCCAACUGGCUUAACUGCCCAGCCUACUGGUAUGCCCGGUCAGUGGGGCUUUAUCAACACCCCGGCCCAGGGCCUGCCUAACAUCGACGCCAUGAAGCAGCAGCUUAUGCCGCAGCCGGGUCGCGAGGGCGGCUUCAGUGCCGCUGGUCUGUCUGGAAACGCCACUGUUGCUUGGGCCAUUACCAAGGAGGAGAAGAAAAUUUACGAUGAUCUCUUCCGUGCUUGGGAUGGUCUUCGCAAGGGCUUUGUUAGUGGCGAGACUGCCAUUGAAAUCAUGGGCCAGAGUGGUUUGAACCGAUUGGAUUUGGAACGAAUCUGGACAUUGGCUGAUCCUCACAAUCGUGGCCGUUUGAACAUGGAUGAGUUUGCCGUGGCUAUGCAUAUGAUCUAUCGUGCCCUGAAUGGGUACCCCGUUCCAAACCGUCUGCCACCUGAGCUUGUUCCUCCCUCGACACGCCACUUGAACGACUCGAUCGGUACAGUCAAAUCGCUCCUUUCCCAGGAUGCAGAGACACGCAAGGCCACUGGUGCGUUCCUGCAGCCUCAGAAGACUGGUGUUAGUUACCUGAAGGACCAUUCCUUCCGGGGCGGCGCAGGUGGUUCAUCAGGUGCCAACCGCAAGGACGCGACUAUGUUCAAGAACAAUGACUCUGCUGGAGGUUAUCGCUCAAGUGCGCGCCGCCGUGUUGGAAACGAAGCUCGCACCCCAUCCCCCGCUGCCUCUGGUGCGUCAGACGAAGAGUAUUCUGUGGACCAGCUUCACAAGAAGAUCCGUGAGACCAAGAUCAUGCUGGAUGCCGCCGAUUUCCAGGAUGAAAACCGGGCCGAGGAUGAUGACUCCAUGGAUCGCCAAGACCGCCGCGAGGCAGAGAGUCUCAUGGAACGAAUUCGCCGCGUCCAGGACGAUCUUGAUACUCACCCCAACGCUGCAUUCCGUCAAGUGGACAGCGGAGCGGACCGGAGGGCUCUUCGCCGUCAAUUGCAGUCUUUCGAGGAUCAAGUUCCUCAGGUUGCCUCUGACGUGCGUCGCCUUGAGCGUGAUAUCGCUGAUGCGAAGCUUGAACUGUUCCGCCUCAAGGAUGCCAAGGCACACCCCGGCGGUGCUUCCAACAUCGUUGGUACUGGACCUGGUGGCACCGUGACCGAAUCGGACCGUAUCAAGGCUCGUGCUCGUGCUCGUAUGCAAGCCCGCGCUGCAGAGCUCGCUGGCCGACCCGCCCCCGCAUCAGAGGACGACGAUGGCCAAGCCGCUCGUCGCUUAGAGUCCGAGAGCACUAACGUCAAGAGCGAGCGCGAACGCAACGACACCAUGACGCGUGACGUCGAGGAGAGUGUUCGUGAUUUCGCUCGCAGUCUGGAGGACAGUCUCCGAGACCAAGGUCACAACUCCACCCGUGAGCAUGAAAAGCGUCGCUGGGAAGAUGCAUUGGGUGUCGAGGACGUCAUCCGUGAUUUCAUCUAUGACCUUAGCCGUAAUGCUCGGACUGCAAGCAUCCGCAAGGAGGAGUAUGUCGCCAUUGCCAAUUUACCAAAUGAUCACCCGCUAACAAAGUAUAGGCGCGCACGACCUUCCCCCGAAGUGCAUUCCCGUGGAUCUCCAGCGGCCGAAUCCCCGGCGGCCCGCCCUCCCAUGCCUGCUUCUGUGGAUUCGUCGGGCUCCCUUCCUGGAAACACACACGACGACCGUGUGGCCGCUGCCCGAGAGCGUGCUCAGAAGCGCAUUGCUGAACGCAUGGCCGCUGCUGGUCUGAAACCCAACGACUCGAGUGAGACUUUGAUGCAGCGACAGGAGCGCGAGCGGAAAGAACGAGAAGAUCGUGUUCGCCGCGCCGAAGAAGAAGAUGCCAAGCGUGAGGAGGAGAGACAGCGUCGGUUGGCUGAAGAGCGAGGUGGCCCCAGUGCUGCAGCUCCUAAGCCAGCAGGCAAGAAGCCUCCACCAGCGCCACCAACGCGCCGAGCCCGAACAGAUAGCGCCGGCCAGGCUGAUGCUAAGAAGGCGGACGAUUCUGCUAAGCUGGAACAAGCUGCUCGCGAGCAGGCCAUCAAGGAAGAGCAAGAGGCGCAAGAGGUUGAAACACAGCGUCUUCAGACCGAGGCGAACCAGCGCGAACUAGAGUUCCAGAAGGAGAAGGAAGCACAAGCAGCUCGCCUUCAAGCCCUUGAGGAGCAGGUCCGUCAAGGCAAGAUCAAGAAGCAGGAAGAAAAGCGUCGUAGGGAGGAGGCAAGCCGACAGUCUAAGGAACAGGAGGCUAGUCUCGCCGCUCAGCGCGCAGAGCUCGAAGCAGCUCAGGAGCGUGAGCGACAGCUCCAGCGUGAGCUCGAGGGUCUUGACGAUGAAAGCUCGUCGGAUGACGAAGGUCCUGCCGAUGUCACACCUCAGCACAGCACUCCUACACAAAGCCAAGUUCUGCCUACGCCGCCUCCGGUGCCUACUAUAGCUGUGCCUGAGCCUGAAAGGGUGCCCAGCGAAGCUAGCUCACCUGAGAGCAGCCGUGCCAUGCCCGCUGCUACCCCUGAUGCCGAGUCUAAGAACCCUUACUUCAAGACUAUGGGCCAUUCGUCUGAGCAAGUGGCCUCGCCUCCAGCUUCAGCCCAGUCCACAAACCCCUUCCACCGCUUGACGCAACAGGAACCCAUUAAGCCCAGCUUUACUGGUGCUGCUCCCCUGGAACGCAAGACUCGUGCUCGUCCCGAAGCGGAUGACGACUGGUCCGCCGCUGGGUCCGACGCCGAUUCGUCGGAUGACGACGACGAUGAUCGCCCAGGUGGCGGAAGCGCAAAGCAGCUUGCUAGUAUUCUGUUUGGCACCAUGGCUCCGCCCCGCCCUCUGAGCGCCAUGGACGAGGACAAGUCUGCCUCCAAGUCUGCCACUCCAGUGCAAGAUAGCCCCAUUGCGCCCCCACCACCUCCCCCAGCAGCUCUGCCCCCACUUCCUGCUAUCCCGAGUGAUGGUGCAACCCCUCCUCCACCAUCCGCAGUGCCGCCCCCUCCCCCUCCCCCUCCUCCUCCAGGAGCGGGCGCUCCAUCUAUCCCCCCGCCGCCCCCGCCUCCAGGCGGAGCCCCAUCUGCUCCACCUCCACCACCCCCUGCUGGCAUUCCCCCUCCACCAGCACCUGCAGGUGGUGCCGGCGGUCGCGGUGCCCUUCUCGCAUCCAUUCAACAAGGCAUGACUCUGAAGAAGACCCAGGUCAACGACCGUAGCACGAGCUCUUCUGCCGGCCGCGUGCUAUGA